AUGGCAUCCAGCACGCACCUCGACUUGAAGUCGACCUUGGCGAGCCUCCCUCCAUCACCGCCAGCCGACCUGCGAUCUCAAGUCCAGACGCUUCUGCGCGACCCAAAGUCCAAGGUUCCCAUCCUAGUCGCCCUCGACGACGACCCGACCGGCACCCAGACCUGCCACGACAUCAACGUGCUUACCGUAUGGGAUACGCCAACCCUCGUGUCCGAGUUCCGCGCCACCGGGCGCGGCGGCGGAUUCUUCAUCCUGACCAACUCGCGGGCCCUGCACCCAGGCCCAGCCCGAGCCCUGAUCACCGAGAUAUGCGCCAACCUCAAGGCCGCCUCGGCCGAGACAGGCACGCCCUUUGAGAUUGUCCUCCGCGGCGACAGCACUCUGCGCGGUCACUUCCCCCUCGAGGCCGAGGCCGCAGAGGACGUGCUCGGCGUGGCCGACGCCUGGCUUCUCUGCCCGUUCUUCCUGCAGGGCGGCCGGUACACGAUCGACGAUGUGCAUUACGUCGCAGAAGGAGAAGAGCUUGUGCCAGCGGCCGAGACCCCGUUCGCCAAGGACGCAACUUUUGGGUACAAGAGCUCGAAUCUGAGAGACUACGUUGUUGAGAAGAGCAAAGGCGCGAUACCUCAAGACCGGGUCACGAGCCUCAGUCUCGACAUCAUCAGGAAUGGUGGGUCGGGCAAGGUGCUGGAGCAGCUCAAGAGCGUCGCCAAGGGCACCGUCGUCGUAGUCAAUGCAGCUGCAGAGGCCGACGUCGACGUGGUCAUCUUGGCACUCCUCAAGGCCGCGAGCGACGGGAAGAGGUUCUUGUUCCGGACUGGAGCCGCCUUUGUUUCCGCGCGUCUCGGCAUUGCGCCGAUUCCUCCCGUCUCAGCCAGGCAACUCCAUCUGUCUGGGGCUGCUGGCGGGCUCAUAAUCGCUGGCUCAUAUGUGCCCAAAACGACAGCGCAACUAGAUGUUCUGAGGACAAGGAGUGGGGACAACUUGAAGAGUGUGGUUAUUGAUGUCGGCACGCUUCUGAAAUCGGAAGACAGCGCUCGAGACGAAAUGGCAAAAGCCGUCAAGACCGCCGAGGAAGAAAUCCAACGUGGUCAGGAUGUGUUAGUAAUGACGAGCCGUGAGCUCAUUACUGGUGGCGAUGAAGCUCAGAGCUUGGAUAUCGGCUCCACCGUAGCCAAGGCACUGGUGUCAUUCCUUGUUGACCUGAAGACCAAGCCGCGCUACGUCAUUGCAAAGGGCGGCAUCACGUCGUCAGACAUGGCGACGAAGGGGUUGAGGAUGAAGAAGGCGGCCAUCAUAGGUCAGGCAGCCCCGGGCGUCCCCUUGUGGCGCUGCGACGAGCCAACUGCCAAAUGGCCUGGCCUGCCAUAUGUGGUAUUUCCUGGAAAUGUCGGCUCCAACGACACCUUGUAUGAUGUUGUAGAGGGUUGGAGAGUGAACUGA